AUGUCUUGCGCUGUCCCGUUCAUCUCCAGCUCGACACUUGAUAUUCACAGGUCCAACGUCCUUGGCUUAACGAUGUCGGCGGCGGUCUAUGGGGUUCAUAUCUGCUUGUUUAUUGAAACUACAAGGUGUUAUUUCCGCCCGCCUCGUACAAAGCAUCUGAACUGGAAAAUGUUCGCAUACAUUUGCUCCCUCCUGACACUGGCGACGAUCACGAUGGCUUUGUACUUGACGUGGGAUAUGAUUGUGUUCUUCGGGAACCACGAACAUGUCGGCGAUCCAAUAGCAUACCUCGAGGAGCACGACCAUAGUUCCAUGAGUCUCGCGUUAACAGCGUUAUACCUAUUAUUGAGCUGGACAUCCGAUGGCUUGCUGUUGUAUAGGUUCUGCAUCAUUUUCCAAGACAUCCGGAUACUCCGAUGGGGGGCCGUCGGAAGCUUCCUUGCAAUGGUCGUCCUCGGAUGCUGUUUCACGACGUCUUUCGCAUCCUUGAUCACAAACAUAUGGACGCAUACACCGACUGGAGCCGUCUUCGCAUGCCUUUCGUUAUCUCUUGCACUCAAUAUUAUCUUGACAGCAAUGAUUGUCGGCCGGAUUCUUCGCAUCGUCUAUCGCUCCUCACUUCUGGUAGACGUUGUCGGCGUUCUAGUGGAAUCAGCAUCGUUAUACGCAAUAAUUUCUUUAGUGACAAUCAUAAUGCUUGCGGUCAAUAAUGGCCCAGCACAAGCUACAACCCUACCAUUUCUGGGCCAGAUACAGGCAAUUCCUCCGAUCUUGAUCACGACAAGAGCAGUAAAUCGCAAAGACCUUCCCCACGAGUCCUUGAACGACGUGAUCACUAGCGUGGUCUUUUCAGAGAAAUCAGAGAAAGCUGAAAUCUCAACCCGGCCUCGAUCCGCAUCCAAGCUGGAUUUUUACAAGAAGGCAGUUCUGGAAGACAAUUCCAUGAAAAGCGGCUCUGCUACGACAUACCAUACCUUCAGCGAUCGAGAAUACAAUGGCUGGCCACCAUCUCCUUUUUCACCCUUCGUGGUAUCUCCAAUACGAUCCCCGGAUCUGGCUUACACCAAGAGCCGACUGUCACCGGACAUACUGUCACGAUCUAGUAUUGGACCCGACUUGGUCUCUCCAUGCUAA